AUGCCUGCCAAAAGGCAAAGCAAAGUCUACGAUGAAUCUGAUUCAGAAGAUGAUGAAUUCAAGGAUCUUGCCCUCUGGAGAAAGCCCAGAAGCAGCCGAGAUAACUCAAUAAGCUUGCAAUUUGAGAUCCCAGCAUCAGUACAGGCAGUCAUUGAUAAGAUUGAGGAAUCACAGUCAAUUCGGGCCAAAGAGGAUCUUCUUUCGAACCUGGCUGGGAUAAUGAACAACGUGCAGCUGAUAAUGACUCGGUAUAAUAUCGACAGCUUGUCCCCUGGGAUAAAGGGCACCGUCUCAGAAGGCCAGAAAAAGAAGAGAAAGGCUUUCUUAGAAAAGAUUGCCAUAUGUGUAAAAAAUACUGAUAUAAGAGAAAGAACCCUCUCCAAGAUUCUGUCCUGGCUAGAAGAAUGGAAUUUUAUUCUGUCUGAGGUGGCCGCCAUUAAUAUGGACGAGUACCACCACUGGAUUGCCAAGAUGGAGCUGAUGCCAGACAUGCUGAAAGGGAUCAACAACAAUGUCGAGUCUCUGAUUCAAAUGACCAUGUUCCUCAUUGAAGAGAAAAAGAGACUAAAGAAAAAAACAUUGGCUAGAGGAACUCUCUGGAAAGCCUGGAAAGACCGGGCUAUCAAGCGGCCUGCCACAGCCCAAGCUCUACGGCCGGAUCAGAUGAUCUGCGACCAGAUCGGCUUGAAUGCUAAGGUUUCAGAGAUCCAGAGCAUGCUACAGGAACUCAUCAGCACCGCCAUGUUCAGCAAACUGGAGAACAACGCCAUUAAAUACAUGUCAGCAACACUGCUGAACCUCUCCAAGGCGCUGAGCACCGUCAACGAGGAGCUGAGGCUCGUGAGCUUCCGAGUCGCCAAGUCGUUUAUGAAAGAAGAUCAAGGGUUGGACAAAGAGAAAGACCACUCCCAGCAGGUCAUCCAAGAGCUCAGCGAGGAGAACGAGGUGCUUCAGCAGAAACUUAGAGAAGCCGAGGAAAAAUGUGACCAACUUAUCCGCAUCAAAAAUUAUCUCGGACGCCAGAUAAUGCACCCGGCUGCGUCCUUGAGAACGGUAGUUAUGCUGCCUCUGCAGGUGCCGUACGUCAGCAGAGAGGCCAGGGACGCUGAGAGCGAAGAGAAGGUGGAUGACUCCCAGAAGAAGGGGGCCAAAAGCAGCGCAGUGGUGUGGGACGCAUCUGCGAGUGAAGUGGACCCGGAUGCAGCUAAGCAGCAACCUGAGGACAAAGUGGAGACCGCCCAGGACCAGAGAAAACUCAUAGGCCUGCCGCUGACAGCUGAGACCUCAGACACCAAUCUGGAAACGGAGGAAAAGAAAUCCAGUCAACUUGCUGUUCUAAAAGCAUUUGGAAAGAAGAAACCGGGUAAACCGAAGGCCCAAGAAGGCAAAGGAGCAUCGAGUAUGUGGGAACAGCUCAAGAAGGGGAAAUCUGAGCAGCUGUUUCGAGGCAGCCCAGGCUCGCCAGAGAGUAGGGAGUCCGCCCUUAAGUUAACAGAGAAAGAAGCCAAGAGUGAAGCAGACCUGGUGCAGCCUGAGGGUGCCCCAGAGGCACAAAAACAGGAGACAAAGUGGAAAAAACUCAUCGCUGCAAAGACUGAAGAAGUGUUAGGCUCCCCCAAACAGUCUAGUAAAGUACUACCCAAGGCCCCUAAGGGGACCCCCGAGGAAAGUGAGCAGGGAAGUCUAGAAUCAUUUCAAAGGGUCAUCCUGGCCUACUUGAGAGAGAAGACGAAUAAUGUAGGAAAGGUUUUUGAUCCAAAGAGUAUAAAGAAGGAGGAGUCAUCACUGGGAAAAGCGGAAGUCGAGAAGUUAAACGUCAUAAAGGCAAAAAUGGAGGAAUAUUUCCAAAAAGUGGCGGAAACCGUGACUACAGCCUUGAGGACUUACAGAGAUGAAAGAAAAGUCCAACCUAAAGAGAAGCCCAAGAAACAGCCAAAGGGGGCGCCACGGACACUUCCUAAGCAGGGGACAGUCGGCCCCAAGUCUGGAGUUGGCAAAGUUCUUCUCAGUGAGAUCACAGAUCCAGCGAUUAAGAAACUCGUACAGAUGCUCUUAGAAGAGAUAGACAGUGACUUCAAAUACAAAAAGACAACAGAGAGGCAGCAGGAGGAGGCACAGGCACAGAAGGAAGAGCUGAGACCCAAGGCGAGGGAUAAGGUGGAGUUGCUGGAGGUGUGGAGACAAGCAUUCAAAGUUCCGGAAACCCACCUGGUUCAGGACAUGAGAGAAGAGGAAGAGGUGGAGAAGCCUAAGUGGAGUGAGCCGGCCCAGCAGGACCUGUGGAGAGCCAUCAGCCAAUCCUCGAUAAACUUGGCUCCCAGGGGGCCGAAGACCCCGAAGCCGCAGAUAAGUCAGGUGCAGGGGCUCCAGGUGGAGCCUGCUGUGAUGGGGGCCACCGAGGAGAAGCAGCCCAAACUGUCUCCCCCCUCUUCCAAGACCCCCCUUGUUUCUGCAAGGCCUCCCCCAAUUCGUGUCCCUGGGCAGGCCCAGAUAAUAGGCCCUCAGAUGUCUCCUCAGCUUUCAAUGACAUCCCUUACCCCUGGGCAGGCCCAGAUAAUAGGCCCUCAGAUGUCUCCUCAGCUUUCAAUGACAUCCCUCACCCCUGGGCAGGCACAGUCUUUGAGUGGUCCUCUUACUCGUGGGAAGGAGCAAGAAUUGGGGACUAGGCUGAUAGUUCCUAAGAUUCUAGAGCCGACACAGACUCCAAAGGGGUCUCUCACAUCAGAAAAACCCCAGGCAGUGCAGAUCUCCAAAGUGACUACUGAAGAGAUAUCUGGGGUCACAGAUACCCAAGGAACAAUUCUACCUAUCCAGCAGGUCCAAAUAAAAGAUAGAAUUCGCACCUCCCAGCAGGCCCUGGAACAAGAAACCACUCCCACUCCUGAGCAAUACAAGGGACCAAGGAUCACUCUCACCCCUCAGCAGACCCAGGCCCUUGGUGUCACUCUCACCCCUGAGCAAACUAAGUCCCCGAGGAUCAGUCUGACCCACGAGCAGGCUCAGGCUCUGGGGGUCACUCUUACUCCUGACCAGUACAAAGAACAGAGAAUCAGUCUGACUCCUCAACAGGCCCAGGUCCUGGGAAUCACUCUCAACCUUCAGCAAGCUAAGGCCCUGGGGAUCACUCUCACCCCGGAGCAGGUCAAGGCACAGAGGGUUAGUCUGAUCCCUCGGCAGGCCCAGGCCCAGGGAACCACCCUCACCACUCAGCAGGCUGAAGCACAAAGAAUUAAUCUCACCCCUGAGCAGGCCAAGGCCCUGGGGCUCUCUCUGACCCCUCCUCAACCAGUCACUCUCGCCCCAGAGCAGGCCCAGGCCCUGGGUGUCACUCUGACCCCACAGCCGGUCACUCGCGCCCCUGAGCAGGCCCAGGCCCUGGGUGUCACUCCGACCCCACAGCCGGUCACUCUCAGCCCUGAGCAGGCCCAGGCCCUGGGUGUCACUCCGACCCCACAGCCGGUCACUCUCAGCCCUGAGCAGGCCCAGGCCCUGGGUGUCACUCCGACCCCACAGCCGGUUACUCUCAGCCCUGAGCAGGCCCAGGCCCUAGCACUCACUCUCACUGCUGAGCAGGUCAAGACUCAGAGAGUCAAUUUGAGCCCUCAGCAGACCCAGGCCCUGGGUAUCACUCCAACCCCACAGCCAAUCACUUUCACCCCUGAGCAGACCCAGGCCCUGGGUAUCACUUUGACCCCUCGGCCAGUCACUAUCACCCCUGAGCAGGCCCAGGCCCUGGCACACACUCUCACCGCUGAGCAGGUCAGUCUGAGCCCUCAACAGGCCCAGACCCUGGGUAUCACUCUGACCCCUCAGCGGACCUCUCUCAGCCCUGAGCAGACCCAGGCCCUGGGUAUCACUCCCACCCCACAGCCGAUCACUCUAACCCCUGAGCAGGUCCAGGCCCUGGGUAUCGCUUCAACCCCACAGUCGAUCACUCUCGCCCCUGAGCAGGCCCAGGAACUGGGUAUCAUUCCUAGCCCACAGCAGACCACUCUCAUCCCUGAGCAGACCCAGGCUCUGGGUAUCGCUCCUACCCCACAGCCAAUCACUCUAACCCCUGAGCAGAUCCAGGCCCUGGGUAUCACUCCUACUCAACAGCCAAUCACUCUAACUCCUGAGCAGGCCCAGACCCUGGGUAUCACUCUGACCCCUCAACCCAUCCCUCUUUCCCCUGAGCAGACAGAAACCUUGGGUAUCACUCCUACCCCACAGCCGACCAUGCUCACCCCUGAACAGAUCCAGGUCCUGGGGCUUUCUCUCAUUCCUAAACAACAGGAGAUCAGUCUUAGUCCCCAGCAGGCCCAAGCUCUGGGGCUCACUCUCACCCUUCAACAGGCUCAGGUACAGAAGAUUUAUCUCACCCCUCAGCAGGCCCAGGCUCUGGGAGUCACUCUCAGUCCUGAGCAGGCCAAGGCACUGAAGUUCACUCUGACCCCUGAGCAGGCCCACUCCCUGGGGAUCGCUAUCACAGUUGAGCAGGCCAGGGCACAAAGGAUCAGUCUGACCUGUCAGCAGGCCCAGGACCUGGGGCUCACGCUCACCCCAGAGCAGGCCCAGGACCUAGGGGUUUCUCUCAUUCCCAAACAAAGGGAGAUCAGUCUUAGUCCCCAGCAGGCCCAGGUUCUGGGGCUCACUCUCACCCCUCAGCAGGCUCAGGUACAGAAGAUUUAUCUCACCCCUCAGCAGGCCCAGGCUCUAGGAAUAACUCUCAGUCCUGAGCAGGUCAAGACAAUGAAGAUCAGUCUGACCCCUGAGCAGGCCCACUCCCUGGGGAUCAUUCUCACAGUUGAGCAGGCCAGGGCACAAAGGAUCAGUCUGACCCCUCAGCAAGCUGAGGCCCUGGGGAUCACGCUCACCCCUGAGCAGGCCCAGGACCUGGGGAUUUCUCUCAUUCCCAAAGAACAGGAGAUCAGUUUUAGUCCCCAGCAGGCCCAAGCUCUGGGGAUCACUCUCACCCCUCAGCAGGCUCAGGUACAGAAGAUUUAUCUCACCCCUCAGCAGGCCCAGGCGCUAGAUAUCACUCUCAGUCCUGAGCAGGCCAAGACACCGGCCAUCACUCUGACCCCUGAGCAGGCUCACUCCCUGGGGAUCACUCUCACAGUUGAGCAGGCCAACGCACAGAAAAUUAAUCUGACCCCUCAGCAAGCCCAAGACCUGGGGAUCACUCUCACCCCUGGGCAGGCCCAGGACCUAGGGGUUUCUCUUCUUCCCAAAAAACAGGAGAUCAGUUUUAAUCUCCUUCAGGCCCAAGCUCUGGGGCUCACUCUCACCCCUCAGCAGGCUCAGGUACAGAAGAUUUAUCUCACCCCUCAGCAGGCCCAGGCUCUGGGAGUCACUCUCAGCCCUGAGCAGGCCAAGGCACUGAAGAUCACUCUGACCCCUGAGCAGGCCCACUCCCUGGGGAUCACUCUCACAGUUGAGCAGGCCAGGGCACAGAAAAUUAAUCUGACCCCUCAGCAAGCUGAGGACCUGGGGCUCACUCUCACCCCAGAGCAGGCCCAGGACCUAGGGGUUUCUCUCAUUCCCAAAGAACAGGAGAUCAGUUUUAAUCUCCUGCAGGCCCAAGCUCUGGGGCUCACUCUCACCCCUCAGCAGGCUCAGGUACAGAAGAUUUAUCUCACCCCUCAGCAAGCCCAGGCUUUGGGAGUCACUCUCAGGCCUGAGCAGGCCCAGGCGAUCAGUCUGACCCCUGAGCAGGCCCACUCCCUGGGGAUCACUCUCACAGUUGAGCAGGCCAGGGCACAAAAGAUCAGUCUGACCCCUCAGCAAGCUGAGGACCUGGGGAUCACGCUCACCCCUGAGCAGGCCCAGGACCUGGGAAUACCUGCUACCCCUAAGCAGACUGAAGCCUUGGAAAUCAUCCCCAGCCCCACGCCUGAACCUGACAAGGAAAGAAGUUUAAGUCUGACCCCUGAGCAGGUUCAAGCUUUGAGGAUCAGUUUCCCCCCUAAGGAGACCCAGCCCUUAGGGAUUUAUCUCACCCCAAAGCAGGCCCGGAAGCUGGGAAUCACUCUCACUGCUAAUCAAGCUAAGGUAAUGAAGAUUAGUCUGACCCCUGAGCAGGCCCAGGCUCUGGGGAUCACUUUUACCCCUGAGCAGGCCAAGGUACAGAGGACCAGUCUGACCCCUGAGCAGGCCCAGGCCCUGGGGCUCACUCUCACCCCUGAACAGGCCCAGGCACACAGAAUCACUCUCACCCAUGAGCAGGCCCAGGCCCUGGGGCUCACUCUCACCCCUGAGCAGGCCCAGGCACAAGGUAUUCUUUCUCCUAAGAAAUUCCAGAAGUUGGAUGUUCCAUUAACCUAUAAACAAGCAGAAGAACUGAGGAGCAGUCUUUCUAUGAAGCAACUUGAAGCCCAGAGAGGCCAAAGACUUAUCUCUGAGUCUAUCCAAAUGCCAAAACCAGCUGUCGCUUCUAAACAGACCCAGACAAUUGAAAUCCCACUAACUACUCAACUGUCCCAGGCAGUUGGAGCUCCACCUUCAAAGAGACAGGAGACAGAAUUGGGAAUCUCUCCUCUCACUCUCAAGCUGCCCCAGGCAGUUGGAGCUCCACCUUCAAAGAGACAGGAGACAGAAUUGGGAAUCUUUCCUACUCCCAAGUCGUCCCAGGCAGUUGGAGCUCCACCUUCAAAGAGACAGGAGACAGAAUUGGGAAUCUCUCCCCUGACUCCCAAGCUGUCCCAGGCAGUUGGAGCUCCACCUUCAAAGAGACAGGAGACAGAAUUGGGAAUCUCUCCCCUUACUCCCAAGCCGUUCCAGACCCAGGCAGUCAAACCUGUCGAGGCCAAGCCUCUGCUUACAUCCAGGCAGGCCCUGCCGCUGCAGGGCCGCUUUGCUCCAGAGCUCACACGAACACUGCUGUUCACCAUCACUCUCGAGAAAGCCCAGAACUUGGGUAUCACUUUCACCUACGAACAAACUCGGGCAGCAGCUGUCACCCUCACCUCUGAGCAGGUGGCAGCAUUAGAAGAUGCUCUCACUGAAGAACUGGCUUGGAGAUGGGAGCGUUUAGACACACUAGAAAAGGCUCAAGAGGCAGCAGACAUCGUUCCCACGAAGCAAGCACAAGCCCUGGGGAUUGCUGCCCAUCAGCCAGCUCAGGGACUUCAUGCUCCAUUUACUUUGGAAAAGCCUGCCACGCACUACGACCUUCUCCUACUCAAGCCCCAUUUCCCCCUAUGA